UUGGCCGAGCAGGGAAGUGAAGGGAAGGGUUGGCGGCGCUCUUUCCCUGCGCCUUCUCUAUGGCGGAAGCGCCUCUAUACCGGAAAGCAGAGUCCCGGAGCGAGCCGAAGGUUCCCCUCCAGGGGCCGGCGCUCGGAGCGGGGGAAGCUGCUGGAACUAUCACUGUCUAAUGAUGUUGGAAAAGCACUACUUUGCAGAGCAUCAUCUUCACUUUUUAAAGCUAUGAGCCUGCUCAUACGUAACCUGCAGAAAGCCAUCCCUAUCAGGAGAGUGCCACUUCGCAAGAAUAUAGAACAACUCCGUUGCAUUUUGGGUGUGCAGCAGUUUGAUCUUGGUGUUAUCUGUGUUAAUAAUAGGCACAUACAGCUGCUCAACAGAAACUACAGGUGGAAGAAUAGCCCCACUGAUGUGUUAUCUUUUCCUUUUCAUGAGAAUCUGACAGCAGGGGAGCUACCUCAGCCUUGUGCUCGAGGUGAAUACAAUUUGGGAGACAUUUUUCUUGGAGUAGAACAUAUCUAUCAAGAGUGUGAGGAGAAUAAGGAAGAUUUCUACAGUAUUCUUACAGUAACGAUUGCUCAUGGCAUGUGCCACUUACUUGGCUAUAAACACAGCACAGAAGCAGAGUGGCAGCAGAUGUAUGAAAAGGAAGCACAGAUUCUUCUGGAGCUAAACAGAUUGUCAGACACAAAUUUGCAACCACUGACCAAACACCACUUCUAGUAGCCAUAUUUGUAUGUUGGCUCAGAAAUAAAAGAAAUGAAAGUUCAUUUUUUUCCCUUACUAGUGGGUUUUUGCUAUCAAGUCCCCAAACAGUAAGAAGAAAUGUAACUUAAGCUUGUUUUGCAAAAUAAUGAUUUCAUUGGACUGGGAAAUAAGACACUUAAUGAAGAAAACGAGGAAGACCUUAUACUACCAGUCCUCCUACUAUGAGCCAUAACAGGCAGGAAAAUAGAUUUCAUCUUUCAGUUUUUAAAAACAUAUUGGAUUAUUCUCCUUGAAACAGAUCCUAUUGAUCCACUGGUAAGGCUCCAAAUUUCCCUCUGCGACAACUUAGUUGGGGUCUGGGCAUCUUACCCCUUGCCUUCCUCCUCCCCGUAUGCAAAAUCAUUUUAUGCAACAACACAUGUCCCAUUAUAUCAUUUUGCAGCUGUCUGGCAUUGUUCAGAUCUCAGAUGUGAUCAACUUUCUUUGGGUUAUGCCCUGCCUAGCCAGAUAUUACAACUUCCUCAGGAUAAGGGCAUGAACUUGUAGAAAUUGGGCUAUUGGAGAAAAUGGCAGCUUCCAACCUUAAUAAUAAUAAUAAUAAUA